AUGCGUCAGUCCUCCGUCUCCUCCGCUGCCCUGACCACCGCGGGACUCUACCUCUCUCCCCACAUGCAUCUUCAUUCCCCCUCCCCCCCCUUCCUCCUCCCACCCCUCAUUGACCCUCCUCCCAUCCCACUCCAACGCCCACAGUAAACAGAAGAAGAAAAAGACAAAGUCGUCGACCUCGUUGAGCCUAAGGGAUUCGGACACCCACCCCGAGUCAUCGUCCGCCUCGACCUCGUCCUCGUCCCACCACCCCGGAUCCACCAAGACCGAAGCUCAGAAGCGGUUCGAGCAGGUGCAGAAGAAGAGGGUCCGUCAUUGACGAUGGGUCAGCUCAGGCUGGAUCAGAAGAAACUGAUCCAACCCCCGCUGCUGUGUCUCCCAGUUGUUGGAGAAAGCGGCCAAGGCGGCGACCAAGACCCACAAGGAACGCGUCGCCGAGUUCAACGAGAAGCUCGAAAACAUGAGCGAGCACUACGACAUCCCUCGAGGCGAGUCAUACUCCACGAGCACGCCUGGCAUCGCUCCGAUUCUGAUGCCCGUUCCGUCCCCUCCCCACAGUCGGACCUGGUUAAAGAGUCCAAGUCUUGUAG